AUGCAGACUCGGUUGACCUGCGAGAAGGGGUUAGUGGGCCUAAUUCUUGGGUCACAAAUGGGCCAGUUUGGCAGUCGGGUUGUAAGGAUAGAGGGAGUUGCUGGGCUCGACUCGGGCCAUGAGAGUCAGGAAGGGUGUGAGCCCAACAUGGGCUGUGGGUUGAGAAAGGUGAAAUUGGAAGAAGGAUUUGGAGGCUUAGUGGGUGGGCUUUCAAGGAAGAAUGGCACAGAAGCAAUUGGAGAAGCGUUAAUACAGGCUUAUGAGCCUUCUCCAAGAAAAAAGUUCAGGGGCCUUGAGGAAUUGGCACUUAAUGAUAGAUUCCUAUACGAGGAAGUAUCCUUAAAUUCUGUAAGUGGUUGGAGUAGGAUGAAAACAAGAGAGGAGUUGCUGAAGUUCGAAGCGAUUAAUGGGCCCAUAGAACUGAAAGUCGAAGAAUUAAAUCAACACAAGAAAGUCGGUGGAAGAAGCCCAAUAUCGGAGUUAGAGCACGAUUGGUAG